UGCCUGUAUAUUAAAGAACCUUCCCUUCUAAAGGAAAGAAAAGAGAAUUGAGGCUGCCUUUUCGGUUUUUCUUGUUUUGCAAACUCGAAGAUUGGGAAGGCCCAGCCGUUUUUCUUUAACACUGCUGAGUUCUCUCUCUUCGUUUGCUUUGCGGUUGCGGUGGUAGAUACCAAGAAAUCAAUCACAAAUCAAUCACCUUUUUCCUAUCGGAAAAUGGUAAUGUCAUCCGUGGGGACCAACAUCAAUGGCGUUUGAGUUGUUCCCUUCGGAAAUGUGAUUCUUCUUCUUCCUGUGACGUCGUCUCGUACUUCGCCGCAUCUCCUCAACGGAUCAGAGUACGCUUAAGGUGCAUUUUUUCCGGAUCAAAUGGGACUCUUCAAAAGCUCGUCAUCAGUGUGCCCUGGGAAUCAGCAUUGCUUGGAAUGGGCUAGUUCAUAUUUGAAAUAUUGUCUUUGCAGUGUGGAAGAUGAAGUUUCAUUAACAUUGGGUUUGGUUAGUGUCUUAAGUUGGGGUGUUGCUGAGGUUCCGCAAAUCAUCACAAACUAUAAGGAGAAGUCGACGGAGGGACUCUCAAUUGCUUUCCUGACAACAUGGAUAAUUGGAGACCUUUUCAACCUUUUUGGCUGUUUAUUGGAACCUGCAACUCUUCCGACACAAUAUUAUAUGGCAAUGUUGUAUACAAUUACAACCUUGGUUCUUACAACACAAACCAUUUAUUAUGGUCACAUCUAUCCUCGACUAAACUCCAGUAGAUGGUUUCAUAAGGUUGGGGUUGAUCAAAAUGAGGAAAGCAAUAAUGACAUGGGGAUGAAAGCAGUGAAUGGUGUAGAUGGAUGGCAAAAUGGUUGCAGUUGUAAUGGAGUUCCUUUAAGUUCACCUAUUCCAGUCACACUUCCAGUCGUUCCCCGAAAUAGCUCCAGGACAGAGUCAUGCUACAGGUCUGCAAGAUAUCUAUCAAGGAGUUACAGUUCUACACUCGGGUCUUUUUUAGCAGGGAGAACUGCACGAAACUCAGCUCGUAGCUGGAAUCCAAUUGAGGAGCCCUUGCUUGGUGAACUUGGUUCUCCUCGGUCUGCACCACCACCAAAGACCAAAACUAUGCUAUGUGUGAUCUAUGUUGUGAUAUUCUUAUUCGGCAUUCUUAAUGUCCGCCUAUCUGCAAACAAGAGUGUUUUAGAGAAACAAAACCAAGGAGUUGUUAUGCAAGUAGGAAGAAAACUUUUACAGGUAGGUGACAGGUGGUUGCAAGAAAGUGGUGGUGAAGGGAGAAGUGGGAUUGGAAACCUCCUAGGAUGGGCAAUGGCAGCUAUUUACAUGGGUGGACGGCUUCCCCAAAUUUGUUUAAAUAUUAGAAGAGGCAAUGUUAAGGGGCUAAAUCCAUGCAUGUUCAUUUUCGCUUUUGUUGGAAAUGUCACGUACGUUGCAAGCAUUCUGGUCAGCAGCAUGGAUUGGUCAAAAAUCCAACCGAAUCUUCCAUGGAUCGUGGAUGCAGGAGGGUGUGCACUUCUUGAUAGUUUUAUUUUAAUUCAAUUCAUCUAUUUCCAUCUUCGGGCACGCCAACACCAUGAAAAUAAGCAUGGAAACUCAAGUGCUGCAUAGAUUAUGACGGAUAUCACCACGAGGUGCCAUUGAUGGUUCAGAUGCUUUCCCAGAGACCCAAAAUGGGCGAGCUUGUUAAAUUGUCGUUGAACUGCGGUUGAUUCUCGGGAGUGUGAAAGCCCCUCUGGCCUUCAUGCAAUGAAAGAGUUUUAACGUCAUUCCAAUUGAAUGGCUGCAAUUUUUUUUCUAAAAUAAGCAUGAAAAUUUUACGUAUUUUGU